AGUCGACGUCCACCUAGCAACGCUCUCUUCCAUUAGACCAGCUGAGGCGGUACACUAUAAGAGAAACAAUAAGUAGACAUGGCAGAGCUCAGCACCUCCCCCACUACCUCAUCUUCUUCUAUUGAGCUCAACGACGCUCUCUUUUGCCAUCAUGGGAGGGAGGUUUGCUCUGACUGCCAGUUCGAUGGCCGUGAGGAUAAUAACCUUGUCUUCGGGUUCGACCCCUCCCCUCGUGACCCUCUCAACGUCCCCGACUACUCAUUAAACAAAGAGGGGAAGUACAACUGCAAGAAGCACGGAAGCGACACGUGCAACUUGUGCUAUAACUGGAAGAAGCAGAUCAGCAAGUUGAAUAAGGAGGCGAAGAAGAGCGGGAGGAAGGACUCGGGGUCGAACUUCUUCUGAACAGCUCAAGGCACAAUUUGACGGCAGAGUCCGGUACCCGUGCGUUCGCGGAGAGGGCAGAUGUGAGAAAAUAAGUGUAUUUGUCGACGUGCAUUGUUACUGUGCAUGUAUGUACAGUAGUUGUCGUUGGUGGUUGAGGGGUGUAUGUAUGUCGUUCCAGG